AUGUAUUUCGCAAAGACGCCUCGAGUACUGGCUCCCAUCGUACAUGAGUCUCGCCAAGCACGCUGCAUCGGCUGGCACUGUCUGACAGCUGCCGAGCAGUUUGGCAUCAUCUUCAGUUCGGUUGUUGUUUUUCUCGUCUUCUCACUGGUCUACAUGUACUGCUUAGGCCGUGCCUGUAUCGCGAACAAGGAUAGACAAGCCUCACGACUAGAUAUUGCCAAGCACAGCAGAGUGUCUAGCCAUGGUCAUAGACGACCAGCCACGCCGUUAGUCUGGACGCCGACCACACAAAACCAGCUCGUUGUACGACCAGCCAUGGCAGGCCAGCAAGCGCUUGGGUUAAGACAGGUGUGGUCUCAGCCAUACACGAAUCCUGUUAUCUAUCACGGUGUGCCUCUUGUACCGUUGGCGUUCACAGCCUCUGCGACACAACCAGCGGCAGCAUACCAGCAGCCUAUCUACGAUGGGACUUCAGAUCCUGCACCCUCGCGGCCUCCUUCGUGCGCCAGAGACACGUUUACAGCAAAUACGAUCCGUUCGAAAUCCCCAGGGUGGCGUCGACGGCUGAAUCAGAUUCUCCAACUUCCAUUGGGAAGAGCAUCGACAAUCCACACAGAUUCAGGCCCAGCCAGCCCCAAGAGCAUUCGACAAGAUCACUGUGUGUUCAGACAAGAAUCUGGCUCAAAUCAUAGUGUCAGGAAGAAAAGUCAAGCCAAAAGGCAGUCUCAUCGUGCGGGAAAGAAGACGGGUGGCCUCGAAACGAGUAGCGCUGAAGUGGCAUCCAUUCGAUCAACUGCGGCAACUGUACGCAGCGAUGACUUUGAAUUAAUAAGCCCAGCUUCCUCUCUUGAUAGCCAGCCAGGAGUUAAGACGGACGUAGACGGGGGUAGUUUGGCGCCUAGCAACGUGGCAAGCUCCUUGGCUCAAACACCUAAUUCAGCAGAGGGUACUGCUAAUUAG